AUGGCUGCGUUGUUCGCCGUCUACCACGGCCCCGAGGGUCUGAAGGAGAUUGCUUCCAGAUUGGUCCGUCUUGCUCGUGGCGUCCAGGCCGUUGCCGAGGCUGCUGGUCUGGAGACCGAGCAGAGCGGUGCUAGCCCCGACGGCAAGGUCUUGUUUGACACUGUCGUCAUCAAAGCCAGCGACCGCUCUCAGAACAUCUUCGCCGAGGCUAAGAAGGCUGGUCUGGGCUUCCGCGACUACGGCAACGGUGACAUUGGCAUCAGUGUCAACGAGAACGUCAACGAGGAGGUGUUCAACACCAUCGCUACCGUUCUCGGAAACGCCACGGGUACUCAGACCGCCGAGGUCGCAAGCAAGGCCUACAGUUCUCUCACACAGGACAUCACCGAGCUCCUGCCUGAGUCUCUGCGCCGCCAGUCCGCCUACCUUACUCACCCUGUUUUCAACACCCACCGCAGCGAGACAGAGAUGCUCCGCUACAUCCACUACCUUCAGUCCAAGGACCUGUCCCUCGUUCACUCCAUGAUCCCUCUUGGAUCUUGCACCAUGAAGCUCAACAGCGCGACCGAGAUGGCCUUGAUCUCUCUCCCUGGCUUCUCCACGAUCCACCCCCACACUCCCAUGAGUGAGCUCAAGGGCUACACCGCCCUGAUUGAGAGCCUCUCAGAGCAGCUCAAGGGCAUCACUGCCAUGGACGCCGUCUCCCUGCAGCCUAACUCGGGCGCUCAGGGUGAGUUCGCCGGUCUCCGCGUCAUCCGCAAGUACCUCGAGCAGCAGCCCGGCAAGAAGCGUGACAUCUGCUUGAUCCCGGUCUCGGCCCACGGCACCAACCCUGCUUCUGCCGCCAUGGCAGGCAUGCGGGUCGUCCCCAUCAAGUGUGACCAGAAGACCGGUAACCUGGACAUUGAGGAUUUGGAGGCCAAGUGCAAGAAGCACGCGGACGAGCUUGGUGCCUUCAUGGUCACCUACCCUAGCACUUUCGGCGUCUUCGAGCCCAGCGUCAAGAAGGCUUGUGACCUUGUUCACCAGUACGGCGGUCAGGUCUACAUGGACGGCGCCAACAUGAAUGCUCAGAUUGGCAUCUGCUCGCCUGGCGAGAUCGGUGCCGAUGUCUGCCAUCUUAACCUCCACAAGACCUUUUGCAUUCCCCACGGUGGCGGUGGUCCCGGUGUCGGUCCCAUUUGCGUCAAGGAGCACCUUGGCCCCUACCUCCCUGGCCGCUCCCCUGAGGCUGGGGAGGCCAUGGUUGCCAGCGCUCCCUACGGCAGCGCUGGUAUCCUGCCCAUCAGCUGGGCAUACAACGCUUUGAUGGGCAACGACGGUCUGCGCCUCGCCACCAAGACCGCCAUCCUCAACGCGAACUACAUUCUCGCCCGCCUCAAGCCGCACUACAAGAUCCUCUACACCAACGAGAACGGUCGCUGCGCGCACGAGUUCAUCCUCGACGCGCGGCCCUUCAGCGCGACCGCGGGCGUCGAGGCUAUCGACAUUGCCAAGCGCCUUCAAGAUUAUGGCUUCCACGCGCCGACCAUGAGCUGGCCUGUCGCCAACACGCUCAUGAUCGAGCCCACUGAGAGCGAGAGCAAGGAGGAGCUCGACCGUUUCAUUGACACGCUCAUCAGCAUCCGUGAGGAGAUCCGCGAGAUUGAGGAGGGCAAGCAACCCCGCGAGGGCAACGUCCUCAAGAUGGCGCCUCACCCGCAGAUGGAUGUUAUCUUGGGCGAUGGCGAGGGCAAGUGGGACCGUCCCUACACCCGCGAGAAGGCGGCGUACCCCCUGCCGCAUCUGAAGGAGAAGAAGUUCUGGCCCAGCGUGGCUCGCAUUGACGACACAUACGGUGACCUGAACCUCUUCUGCACGUGCCCUCCGGUCGAGGACACCACGCAAGAGUAA